UGAUUUCUGUCUUUGACACCCUUACGUCAAUUUAAAGUGCCUACGGAUUAGUGGAGCGUCUUUGUCAUGUGUUCAUUGGUGGGUUGAUGUAUUCGUAAUUGAUAUUUUCGCAGGUUAUCUCAAAACUUUCUCUUGGCCCAACGAAGCUUUGUACAAUUUGUCAUUUGAGUAUCUUGGAAAUUCGUAAUAGAAAAUCAUUUCCUAUUGAUCAUGUUGCGAUGCUAAACGGUGUCGACAGAUACGAAUCAAACAAUUCAACAAGAUUGUAAAAAAUAAGGUUAUCUGUUUUCUAUUUUCCUCUCUUUGCUGUGACUCCGAUCAGCUUUGCGUUUGGUUGUUCGCUGGCCACACACGAGCGCUCUAAUGAGAAUUCGAAAUUGCUCGUUUAUCAUUUUGUGCAAUUAAUUGGACCGAGUUGUUAAUGCGAAUAUGUUUGCACCGAAUAUCGACGCUGUUUGAAGAUUUCAUGAAGAAUUGAAGAACAUAUUUUGUGUUAUUGAUAUCCUAUUUUGGUUAUUCGCCGACCCUAUUGGAAUCCGCUGUUCAAAGAUAGGGCGAAUGGUGUAAAAACGAAAAAAUUCAUGUCUGCUGUUUUUUCUCACUAUUUUAAAUAUUAAUGGAAGCAUUUAAUUGAUGGCGGGUGAUUUAUUGAUUCGAUUCCUACGACGGGAGGAUAGAAAUCGUGCAAGGAGAAAGUUUAUCUAGAACAGCAGCUAAUCCUUCAAGGUGAGGUUGAGACCUGACGUCGAGAAAACAGAUUGCAAGGAAUCCAAAUCAUUUCCAUUUUUGAAUUAACAUCACUCAACGUCAUCAUCUUUUAAAUUGCCGUUCAGUAUACGAGACGCUAUCUUAAACGCACGAACACACACAGGGUCUGUAGAUGACUCAAAGACUCAAGACUGUGGAAUAAGCCGAACGGGGAACGAUUGACUGAAAAGAAAAUCAAGCCAUCGACAAAUUUUGAGUGCCAACUCUGGGACCUCUCGUUGCGUGGCAAACCAUGGAUUCAAACAAUUCGACAAGUCAGAGCAAUACUUGCGGCAAGCAAGCGUCCACGGAAUGGAUCAUUACCACGGUCUAUUUAAUCGUUAUAUUUUUUUUGACGGUUUGUGGUAACUUGCUUGUCAUCUUAGUGGUUGUACGUUACAGAAAACUUCAACAAGUAACCAACUAUUUCAUCGUGUCGCUGGCCAUCGCUGAUCUGCUCAUAGCUGCGACAACGCUCCCUUUGACAAUACAUGUUAACAUUCACAACGGGUUUUGGUGUUUAAGUCUGCCAGCGUGUGGUUUUUGGCUUGCUAUGGACGCCACCUGCGCCUUUGCCUCCAUUGCAAAUCUUGCCGCGAUAUCGAUAGACCGUCUAAUAGCAAUCACGAUGCCUCUUCGCUAUCGUGAUAUUGUGACAAACAGUCGUGUUUUUCGUGUUAUCACUGCUAUUUGGCUCUUUUGUAUCGUCUGGGGCUGCCUCGUUUUGUUGGACUGGACAAACCCGAAGGAACUUGGUGUACAGGCCUAUGUUAACGGAGUAAAUGAUGUUUGCCAGCACACCGAACCAAUAUACUACACUGUUUCCAUAGUGAUCGCUUUUUUUGUACCGCUUUUGAUCAUAAUCACCGCCUAUACUGUCAUCCUCAAGGUUGCCAUAACGCAAGCAAAAGCUGUUGCUGCUUUGAACCCGAAUCGCGAUCAAGAGAAAAAGAGUUUCUUUCGUGAAACGAAAGCAACAAAAAUGGUCGCUCUGGUGAUUGGCGCGUUUGUAAUAUCGUGGUUGCCUGUCUUCAUUUUGCUUUUAAUCGGCUUGUGGGAUCCCGAAAGCACUAAGAAAUUCCGUGAAAACAAGCCCAAAGCCCAUAAGUUCGUGUUCUUUACGUUUUUACGCGUUCUUCCCCCCCUGAACAGCUGUGUCAAUCCCAUAAUAUACGCUGUGUUCAAUAAGAAUUUCCGGUCGGCGUUCAAACUUUUCUUAUGCCGUUUUAAACCCAUGAAGGAUGAUAUGAAUCUUAGCAUGAUUUCCUAUUCAACAAGAAUGUCACUUACGCGUCGAAAAACGUCCCUUUGCACGGUGCUAUCUGACACAGAUGUCAAAGAAAAUACCGCUGCAUAACUGUACAGUCGUCUAGCGUUUUUAAUAGAUGACAAUAAAGACAUUGUAGAAUGUCUCUGUCGGUCGGAGUGGGUUUAUUUAUCAAAGCACGGGAGCACAUUAUUCAAAGUUGAGAUAGCUAACCUCUGAGACAAAGAGGAUUAUCAGAUUAUUAAGUAAGGAUUAAAAUAAAGGCUUAACUUGUGUA